AUGGCAUUGAAAGAAAUUACCUCAAAAGGAUACCUCGUCAAUCGAUGCGUUAUGAAAAUUGCAUCCAUCCUGGCUGCUAACAAAAGCGAAUGUUCCGUGCAGAAGAAUGUAAUUAUUACUGGAGAAGAGGUAGAGUUUUACUGCACUAUAGACUUAAAUAACGAUGCCCCUGGUGACUUGGUGUGGUAUGCAGACAAUAUAGAAUACGCACGUAGCAGUAAUAGACCCAGUACAUGGACAGCGACACUGAACAAAACACACAAUGGAGUUGAAUUCUACUGUCGAUUUGAACAUUACACACUCUCUCCGAAACAAUGGGAUAGCACGGCGUGUGAAGAAAAUAUUAUCAUCGCAGUACAAUAUUCGCCAGAUGUUUCGAUUGAGGAUAUCAGUAAUUGGAGAGUAAUCCAGGGUGAUAAAUACAUGGCAAAGUGUGUGAUAGAUGCUAACCCGCUAGGAAUAAUAGAAUGGUUCCAACCUUCGGGAAAUAGUAUCAGUGAUGCUGAUCUCAUUCUAGACAAUGUUGAAAGAUGGAAUGAAGGCAAAUACACAUGUCGUGGUACCAACACCUUGUAUACCAACGAAACACGUUUUGAUUCUGAAACUAUAUAUCUGAGUGUUGAAUUUGAACCAGAACUUACAACGGUCAUAACAGGCAAUUAUGCAAGCGAUAUGGGCGAGGUCGUAGAAGGUGGAAGUAUGCAAAUACUUUGUCUCGUGAAUGAGUCGAAUCCUUCUGCUGACAGUGUCCAAUGGCAUACAUUCUUGUCCGACAGUCAAUGGCUGAACCUUACUGACGUAAAACGUGAGCAAAGCGGAAAUUAUACAUGUGAAGCUAGAAAUACUUUUUGGAACAAUAAAACCGGCAUAGAUUUUCCGGAAAUCACCGUGAGUAAUUCGACAGAAUGGACGGCAGUUGAGAAACGUAAUUAUCUGUCAGUAUGCAAAGUAAGUGCAAAUCCUACAGCGAAUGUAGAGUGGAAAUACAAAGGCCAAACUGUCGGAAACGGAGAAUUAUUAGAACUCACUGAUGUUCAUCGGACGAUGGAUGGAGAAUAUAUAUGCCAUGCAAAUAAUAUGUUAUGGAAUGGGCAACAUAGAAUGAACACCGGUAGCAUACAUCUAGAUGUUCAAUAUCCACCUACUGUGGAGAUAUCGCUGAAAACAGUCUUUGAAGUCGGUGACAAUGUAACUCUUAAUUGUAGUGUCGUGGAAGCCAAUCCGAUGACAGACAACAUAACGUGGUUCCGAAAUGAUCAAGCUGUACAUUAUUCUGCAGUGUAUACUCUGUACAAUAUAACACGUGACGAUAAAGGCGAAUAUGAAUGCAGAGCAACAAAUAUAUAUUUUGACAAUAGUAUGGGGAUUGGCAGUAAUACAACGACUCUAAUUAUUCACCAUGAACCUGCAGUCGUUAUUUCCAGUCACAAUAAUGGUAAAGUCAUCGAAGGGCAUGAUUACACAGCAACAUGUUCAGCAGAUGCAGAACCACAGGCCACAAUGACGUGGAUCUAUCCAGACGGCACAGAGUUCAACAACGGUAAUCUAUUACUGAGUGCCAUUGACAUAAAUAGCAAUGGGACAUACACUUGUGUUGCCGAAAACCAACUUGGCAAGGACAUGAAAUCAAUUUAUGUAGAUGUACAAUAUCCACCCACGGUAUUCGUUGUACCUGACUUAACCUGUGAAGAGAGUGACACCGUUACACUGACGUGUAUUGUAACCGAUUCAAAUCCACCUGUCGAAACGAUUCAAUGGUUUAAGAAUGAUGGAUUAGUACACAGCGAUGGAACGUAUACGUUCGACAAUAUCACUAGAAAUAACGCGGGAGAAUAUAAUUGUACAGCGACAAACACUUAUUUUGAUGACAACCCACCUACAGUAUCUAUCGAACCUGAUAUAACCUGCAAGGAGGGUGACACAGUAACACUGGUGUGCAAUGUAACCAAUUCAAAUCCCGAUGUCGACACGAUUAAGUGGUUAAUGAAUGGUGUACCAGUGCAUAGUGAUGGAUUGUAUACCUUUGACAGGAUCAAUAGAAAUAACAGCGGACAAUACAUUUGUACAGCAACCAACACUUAUUUUGAUGGCAGUUCUGGUGUAGACAAUAGCAUAACUAACAUAGACGUACAUUAUCAACCAAUUAUCAAAGGAUUAAUUGAAACCGAAUUCAAUGUGGGCCAAGAUGUAGAUCUAGUAUGUACGAUAGACGCCAAUCCACACAUAAAAGAAGAAACUAUUUCAUGGCAAAAGGUUAAUGGAGACAGUAUCACAAAAAACGUUGUCAUUUCCUCUCCCGAUGGAAAUAUCGUUAACACUACAUUAACUAUAAAUGACGUUACAGAGAACGACAGCGGACAAUACAAAUGCCUUGCGAAAAGCGAAUUUGACGACGUUGAUCACGUAAUUAUAUUGAAAGUGACAAGUACCAAUACAGGCGCUAAGAAAG